AUGCCCAUCGCCUCUGGAGCUCCUGCCCAUGGCAACCCAGCACAUCUGCUGCCACCCUCCUGGACAAGUGUCAUCUCCGCCUGGCUAGCCGAAGACACACCUUCCUUCGACUAUGGCGGUUUCGUCGUCGGCGCUGCACCCGCAACUGCCCGUCUGCUCGCAAAGUCCUCCGGUAUACUCGCCGGGGUACCAUUUGUCGAUGAGAUCUUCAAGCAGUUGGACUGCAAAGUAGAAUGGCUGGUUGCAGAAGGCGACCUCGUAGGCCAGAAUGGAAAGCAACACGUAGCCACCGUCACUGGUCCCACGCGGAACCUGCUUCUCGGCGAAAGAGUAGCCUUGAAUGUCGUUGCCAGAUGCUCAGGCAUUGCCACAAAAUCCCACUCCCUCCUCACCCUCCUCCGCAACGCCGGCUACAAAAACACCCUCGCCGGCACCAGAAAAACCACCCCUGGGUUCCGUCUGGUCGAAAAAUACGGCAUGAUAGUCGGCGGCUGCGACCCCCACCGCCAAGACCUGUCCACCAUGACAAUGCUCAAGGACAACCACAUCUGGGCCUGUAACAACAACAUCGCCACCGCAGUCUCCGCCGCAAAAGCCGCAGGAGGUUUCGCCAUCAAAGUCGAAGUCGAAUGCCAAAGCCUUGACGAAGCACAGCAAGCAGUUGACGCAGGUGCUGAUGUGGUGAUGCUUGACAAUUUCACGCCAGAGGAUAUGAAGAAGGCGGCGAGAAGCCUGAAAGAGAAAUACGGAGGUGGUCCUAGGGGCCCACUUGUGGAGGUCAGCGGUGGCUUGACCGAGGACAAUGUGAGUGAUUAUGUUAGUGAUGAUGUGGAUGUUAUUUCGAGUAGUAGUAUCCAUCAGGGCACCAAGCAUGUGGAUUUCUCGCUCAAGAUUGUGCCAAAGGGCCAGGAGGUCAAGGAUGGGCAGGGCGAGAGUACUGCUACUUAG